CACUUACAGAGUCAGAGCUACAUCUUUCAGGAGAUGUUAAGUUCACAAACACUUCAAUGUAUAGCCAUAUGGCUGUCAGCAAUGUCAAGUGGGCUGGCACAGCCUGUUGGCACUGCCAUGACAACUGAAGCGUCAACGUCAGCACCUGUAAAUUCUACUGAAGGGCUUAAUGUCACUGCUUACGCUGAAGAGCCCAGUUUGCCUAUUCCGACCGCUACACUGAAUACAACUGUUGGCUCUACUUUAGUAUCCGAAAACUCAGCCUUAGCGCCUACUGCGACUUCCAACUCAGUACCUGUAAGCUCCACCACUACUGUCCUAUCUCCGGAGUUGUCCGAGAUCAAUUCAGGUGCUAUGGACUGGGUGGAGCUGUACAAUCCACAAGAAAACUCAAUAGAUUUGUCUGGAUUCGCACUAGUUAGCGACGACGAGAUGUAUUAUUUUACCGGCGAUUGCGGCACCAUCGAUGCAAAACAUUAUCUCCUAUUAGUAGACGAAGAUGCAGAAAAUCCAGAGUAUCAAAAUGGCAAUUGUAAACUGCCUUAUGGAAUCAAGACCUCAGGCCAUCUGGAACUGGUGGACCCGAAUGGUGAUAUAGUGGAUGUGGCUGACUGGAAUAACGUUGCGUAUGUCGCUGGACAUAGUUACGCCAAAACUGAGAGUGGCGACUGGGCUGCUACUAGCACCCAGACUCCGUUCAGUAAAAAUGUAUUCACAGACGAGAUCACAAUGCCUACGGUUGUCGAUUUUUCUUCAGGGUUGUACGAUCGAGACAUUGCUUACGUACAGAAUCCACCAUUUGGUUCUAUAACGAAUGUGCACCUCCGCGUGUACUCAUCUUCAAGUGAAUGUGAAUGCUGGCAAUUUCAGGAAGCUCACAAUGAUGAGAAGUGUGACUGCACCUGGGACGAUGUAAAUGAGGAUGAAACAAGUCGAGACCUAACUAAAGCGACCAUGCCAUGUUCUGUAAGUAUAGAUGUAGACGACGAACCAGAAUUUUGGUACGAUAAUGUUAAUGCGGCGAAUAGUAGUGAUCGACAACCGCGCACGGACGUGAAUUGCGAUGUUGCAGUAAGGGGAGGGUUCUCAAGAGAGUCGAGCAUCAAGAGUUAUAAUAUCAAAAUUGGUAAGACAAUUGUACCACGGACAUGGAGGGGGUUGAAACGGCUCAAUAUGGUUAAGAUGCCUUGGGAGUUAACAGGAGGAGCUAUCACCACUGCCCUAUAUGAACAAUUCGCUCAGAUGAAGCAUUGGAACGGCAUGAGAACCACAGUCGCUAAUUUGACCGUUACAGUGGUGGACCCAGAUUCUGAAGAAAUAAUCGAAGUGCUGAACAUGGGAAGGUACAAUCUGUUUGAAAACAUAGAUGAGGAUGCUUUAGAUCGUCAUGGCCAGGCAGCUCGCACACUUGGCGGAGAUCGCCUAGAGUCACACGUAUAUAAACUGAAUGAAUUCGACUUCAAUUGGAAGGACCAGUACGACAAUAUGCCCGCAGUAAUCGAUGAAACUGACGAGCAGGCGAUGUUCGAAUUUGAGUACAGAUUAGAAGCUAAAGAUAGUUUGAGUACGUUGAAGCUACAAGAGGUUAUGAAAAACUUAAACGAUAGAGGCAACAUGAGUUUCGUCGACGCUGUCCACAAGCAUUUUGAUAUGGACAAUCUCGCCACGUUUGUGGCCGUGAACGUUCUCUGUGGCGAUAUAGAUCACAGUGCCAAGAAUAGCUACAUAUACAGUACAACAGGAACAGAUAAGUGGUACAUGACACCCUGGGACUACGAUGCGAGUUGGCAGCCGAUUAUGGAUAUGGGUCCUCAGGCAUCGUCACCACAACGUUAUCAAGAUCACUACCUAUUUAGAGGGAUCUUGUUCCAUGACGAAUUGAGGGAUGAGUUCUACCCUCUGUAUAAGGAGAAAGUUCGUGAACUACAGGAAGGCUAUUUUGCGCGAGAUACGAUUGAGGGUUUGAUCACAAAACAUGCCAACGUAUUGGAGCCAUUUUUCCAGUCGGGAAAAGUUGACAGAGAUGUUCUAGGAAUUCGUGCAUGGGAUUCCGUAGAGAGUACGACCGCCGAGUUUGAUCCCGUCAAAAUGAACUAUAACCUGUCACCACAUACCAAUGUCAUGGGCCAAUUCGAUUUCAUCACAGGUGCCGUGCAAGAGUUUACUUAUGACGACCCUCCCCCUAUCAUGUUCGAUCCAAUCUUCGUGGAGGAGGUCAACGACGACGAUACGAAGUUCAAGCUUUAUGUGAACCCAGUGUUUUCACCAGUUGAUAACCAUCUUGAGACGGUUAUCAACAUCUAUAAAAACAGACCGUUCGACGAAUUCGUUGAUCCGGAUGAUUCCGACAGUAUAUAUGAGGAUCGCUUCUAUGAGCCAGAAUGGGAAGAUGUUGUACUGGCUACGACAGUUGACCCUAGCGUUGUAGCGGAUGUGGAGUGGGACAAUAGAUUCGUCGUUGAGCUGGACUGUGAAGAUGUUGAGGAGUGUGCGGAUACAGAUUGCUGGGUUACCUCGUACACCAAAGACGUGGUCACAGGUGAGCGCUCUGCUGGUGGAUCCGUAGAGAAGCAAGCAAGGUUCGAAGGUAGCGGAUGCUCGUUCUAAUCUAAAAGUAAGUCUCACGUGCAAAGUGCGAACGGUUAACCAGUGGACGAUUUUAAUCGAUGAAACGAUUCCUAUGGUGGCACGGAGAUGCAAAUCGAAUCGAGCUCCAAAUGUGCUAUAUAACUCGGGUGAGGAGCGCGACAACUACCAGCACGAUAAGGCUUGAAUCAUAUGUGCCUCAAGCUCAAGCUAGCUCAAUUGCUAUAUACGGGCCGAAAUCGAGAAGAUAAGUCAGGACAGGUCACAAAUUUCUAAGUUGUAGUUUAGUGCUUCGAUUCGACAUGUCGGACUUCCCUACACGCUCACGUUCGGGCCAGAACGCGGUAGGGCUCAGGAAGCACUCUGAUUGUUGUGCCCCGUCCCAAAAUUAAUAAAUACUCACAGCAGUGCUGUUAACUAUGCCGUUUUGAUCUGCUUGAUGCGUUACUGGUGCAUAAUCAUCAUAUAGGCUGGCCCCUUCAGACACAUGGUAUUUAUAUCAUAUCAUGAGAACGGUCAUGUUUGCCCGUGCACGAUAGCGUCGAACGAGCCAUCGAGAUAGCGGACUGCUCGUGUCAGGCCUACGCUGUCUUGGUGAAUUGCACCAAAAAGGCUGCAAU